AUGCAUGCCAGGCAUGUCCUUCCAUGCGCUCAAGCGCACAGGGUGUCAAACAAACCGUACAUAUGUACCCCCGAGCCAUCCCUUGACGAAGCUCUUUGUUGUAUGCCGAGCAACGCUGAUGGCAAAGUCGGCAGCACAUCAGCUCAUCAGGUUGACUCGCCUUGUUUUCCCACCGGAUCUCCGGACAGGCCGCCUGCCAUCUUCAGCAUGAAGGAGACUAUCGGCCGGUUGGGGAAAACAAGUCCGGCCGCUCUCAAAGGCAAUUCCCCAUUUCGUGGCCUUCUGAGACUUUUGCCCCUUGCUGGUGAAGUGUUUGCUCUAGGCCUGUGCUUCGGGCAAACGGGCCAAGGGGCGUGUUUUCAAUCACGAUAUGAUCUGUCCGAGUUCUGGCCGUCUGUGGGCAGAGGCGUGAGGCCAUCCAUGACCUUGAGAGGGAUGAAAGGAGGACAAGACACCAUCAGCCAGGCUGGGCCGGAAGAAGGGGACCAAGCAAGAAAGCAUGGGCAAGGGAAACUACGGGAAGCCAUGGGCAAAGAUAAGAAAAUGCAUGACUAUUAG